UUCCUCGGCCUCCCCUCCCCGGCCGUGUCCCCGGGCCGGGAUGUCCCGACCCGCCCCGUCCCUCCCAGCCCGGCUUCCAUCGCCUCCUGCCCACCCCUCCAGCCUCGGCCGGACCUCGGAACGCGCCGCCAGCGCCGGAGCGAUCCCAGCCCGGCCAUGAAGGGUCCCCUGCGUGGAGGGAUGUUCUCCCGGCAUGUCAAACGGCACCCCGGACUCGUUCCCCUCAUUGGCUUCAUCAGCGUGGGCCUGGGCAGCGCAGUGCUGUACCUGCUGCGGCUGGCACUGUACAGCCCAGACGUCAGCUGGGACCGGAAGAAUAAUCCUGAACCCUGGAAUAAGCUGAGCCCCACAGACCAGUACAAAUUCCUGGCAGUUUCCACUGACUACAAGAACCUCAAAAAGGACCGUCCCAGCUUCUGAGCCACCUCUGGGACCUGCUGGGGUGGAGGGGGAGACCCCCACCCUGCCCCAAAACAGCUCCCGAGCUCCAGCACAGCUCCCACAGCACCCCCAAACCGUGUGGUCGUGUCCCACCCCCCCAAAUAAACCACAUCCCUGCGGAUGCCCCCGCACCCCUCA